AUGGACCCAACCUACAGCAAAGAAUCUAAAGCCGAGUACAAGCUCGAGCAACUCGCCAAGGAGUACGAACAGCGCAACCCGGAGGAGCUUCUCGCUGCUCGCGGAGCCCCAGCUGCUGUCGAGAAGACGUUCCCGCCGACUUCGAAGCUUCCAGAUGUCGCUGCCGCUCCAUCAUCGCUUCCAGAAGGCGUCAAGGAGGAGGUACAGUUCUGUGGUAUUUUCUCAACCAAAAAACAAGAUUAA